UUGGCAGUUCAGAUCAAGAGAGGUCUCACUUCUAUAUAUAUUGUCCGAGCAAGAAGAAAAUUCCUGACAGAAAUGGAUAUCAUCUUAUCUCGAUUCGUUUCCGUAUAUUUCUGUGUUUUAACAUUGGCAAUUUCUAUUCAUGGCCAGGACCAAUCAGGUUUUAUUAGCCUAGACUGUGGCUUACCAGCAAACACUAGCUAUUCUGAUGAAGCAACAACGCUCGAUUUUAUUUCCGAUGAACCAUUCAUUGAAACCGGCAUAAGUAAGAGCAUAACUCCUGAAUCCGGCGCAAAUAACAUUUUCCGGCCUCUAUGGUACGUCAGAAGCUUUCCUCAGGGCAACAGACAUUGUUACAAUAUCACCCUGACUAAAUACAAUACUGAAUAUUUAAUUAGAACUACUUUCAUGUACGGAAAUUAUGACGGUCUAAAUCAGAAACCUUCGUUCGAUCUGUAUUUAGGACCUAAUAAAUGGGUCACUGUACAAAUACUGAAUGGAUCUUUUCCGCAAAGAAAGGAGAUCAUACAUCGUCCCAAAUCAAAGUACAUACAUGUCUGUCUUGUAAAUACAAACUCAGGAACACCUUUCAUAUCUGCGUUGGAAUUAAGGCCUCUACCACAUGGAAUUUAUGUAUCCGAGUAUGGAUCGCUGGCACUCUUCGAACGGGAUGAUGUCGGUUCAUCAACUAAUAGUACAGUAAGGGAUAUUAAUGUUCUGUCAAACGAAUGCCUCAGGUAUCCAGAUGAUGUCUACGAUCGUCGUUGGGCUCCGGUGCAUUUUAUCGAUUGGACGGAUCAAACUACCAAUCAAACUAUCGAUUUCGGAAAUAGUAAUAACUACGAGCUGCCGUCAACUGUUAUGAAAAGUGCAGGCAUACCAAGAAACAGCAGUAGUCCCAUGGAAAUAACCUUGUCACCUGAGGACACUACUUUGAAAUUUUACGUAUAUUUUCACUUUGCAGAAAUUGUAAAACUUGAGGCAAAUCAGUCCCGUGAAUUCAACAUUUCAUUGAAUGGAAAAUUCUGGUAUGGACCUAUUACUCCUCAUUAUUUAUAUUCGACCACAAUUUUCAGCGGAUAUGCAAUAUUUGGGGGAAAUUAUGAUUUUCAACUCUUUAAAGUUGGUGGUUCAACACUGCCACCUCUUCUCAAUGCAAUGGAAGUUUUUUAUUUAGUUGAACUUCCACUCUCAGAAACAAAUCAAGCAGAUGUUGAUGCUCUGAUUAAAAUCAAGUCAACAUAUAAAAUAACAAGAAACUGGCAAGGAGAUCCAUGUGCUCCUCAAGAUUAUGUAUGGGAAGGUCUUAACUGCGACUACAAUCAUACUGAUUCACCUCUGAUCAUAUCUUUGAACUUGUCCUCGAGUGGAUUGACCGGGGAGAUACCUUCUGUUCUUGCAAAUCUGAAUUCACUUGAAUCCUUGGAUUUAUCAAACAAUAGCUUAAUUGGAAACAUUCCUGAUAUUCUCUCUCGGUUAAAAUCUUUGAAACUUCUAAACUUGGCAGGAAACAUGCUCACAGGUAAAAUUCCUGACGAUCUCCUCAAAAAAUUGCAAAGCGGUAAAUUAUUGCUAAGUGUCGACGGAAAUCCAGAGCUUUGUGCAUCAUUUCCUUGCAAGAAAAUUAACAACAACAAGAAGAAAACGAAUAACUUUAUCGUUCCCGUGGUGGCGUCCGUUGCAGCAGUACUAUCUGUAUUAGUAAUAGUAUGGUGUCUUAAAGGAAGAAGAAAGCAGAAAGGUAAAUGCUCCUUAAAUUUAGUAGCAGGUAAGGUAGAAGCUGAAGCCAAGGGAAUACAUGAACCUCUGCAGACGAAAAACAGACGAUUCGCUUACUCUGAAAUCCUGAAAAUUACUAAUAAUUUUGAGAAAGUUAUUGGUAGAGGUGGAUUUGGAAUAGUUUAUCAUGGUUACAUAGAGGAUACCGAAACAGAAGUAGCAGUGAAAAUGGUCUCUACAUCUUCCGUACAGGGUUACAAGGAAUUCGAGGCAGAGGUUAAAUUACUUUUGAAAGUUUAUCACAAGAAUUUGACUUCUCUUGUUGGAUACUGCGAUGAAGGCGAAAACUUGGUUCUUAUUUAUGAAUACAUGGCUAAUGGCAACCUAAGACAACAACUUUCAGGCGACCAUUCAAAUAUCUUAAGCUGGGAGGGGAGACUGCAAAUAGCCCUUGAAGCAGCACAAGGGUUGGAAUAUCUUCAUAAUGGUUGCAAGCCACCAAUUGUGCACAGGGAUGUGAAGACUUCGAACAUUUUGUUGAACAAUAAUUUGCAGGCAAAACUUGCUGACUUUGGUCUCUCUAGGUUUUUUCCUGUUGAAGGUGGCUCUCAUGUGUCCACAGUUGUUGCCGGAACUCCUGGUUAUCUUGAUCCUGAGUACUAUUUAACAAACUGGCUAACGGAAAAGAGCGACGUAUACGGCUUCGGAAUUGUUAUUUUAGAGAUAAUUACAGGGAAAUGCGCGAUUAUUCAAACUCGUGACGAGAACACUCAUAUAAGCCAAUGGGUUAAACUAAUGCUUGAAAGAGGAGAUAUGAAGAACAUUGUGGAUCCAAAAUUAUGUGGAGAAUUUGACGUUAAUUCUGCAUGGAAAGUUGUGGAAUUAGCAAUGGCUUGUGUUUCUGAAACUUCUGCUCAAAGGCCAAGCAUGAGCCGAGUGGUGACUGAACUUAAUGAGAGCUUACUAAUGCAAAUGGCGAAAUGAAGAGCUUUCAAAUGAUAUUAGCGUUAGACAACAAUUGGUUAGAUCGUGAGAUCGAUUCCUUCUACAAAC